AUGAAUAGUAUAUUUGAGAAACUGUUUGGCACGAGCAAGAGCAAUGAUAAAGCUCCCACCCCACAAGAAGCAAUAGAAAAACUUCGAGCAAUCGAGGAAAUGCUGAUAAAAAAAUCUGAAUUCUUGGAAAGGAAAAUUCAGACAGAAUUAGAAAAUGCGAAGAAACAGGGCAAAGCGAACAAACGAGCUGCACUCCUUGCAUUAAAGAGGAAAAAAAGAUUUGAGAAACAGCUGCAACAAAUUGAUGGUACACUUUCCACUAUAGAGUUGCAGAGAGAAGCAUUGGACAAUGCCAGCACAAAUACCGAAGUCCUUAAUGUCAUGGGGGCAUCUGCUAAAGCGAUUAAGGCAGCUCACAACAACAUGGAUAUUGACAAAGUCCAUGACUUGAUGGAUGAUGUUGCUGAGCAACAAGAAAUAGCCAAUGAGAUCUCAGAAGCCAUCUCCAAUCCAGUUGGUUUUGGUCAAGACAUUGAUGAAGAUGAAUUACUGCAGGAACUUGAAGAACUUGAACAAGAAGAACUUGAAAGAGAAUUGCUCAAUGUUGGUGCUCCUGUCACAGACCAGCUCCCGUCCGUACCAUCAGCUGAACCUGACAUGGCAUCUUCAUCACGUCGGAAGGAAGAUAAGCAUAAAGAAGACAUUGACAGUGACCUUUCAGAACUUGCUGCUUGGGCUGAAUAG